UCACUUCUGGCGCCCGCAGGCCCCGGGGCUGUUCGCGGUGGUGCCGGUUCCGACUAGUCCCACACCGGGGAUCCCGCGUCGGCCACCAUGCCCGCCGUGCUGGGGUUCGAAGGCAGCGCCAACAAGAUCGGCGUGGGCGUGGUGCGCGACGGCACGGUGCUGGCGAACCCGCGGCGCACUUACGUCACGGCCCCGGGCACGGGAUUCCUUCCAGGCGACACAGCCAGGCACCAUCGAGCAGUUAUCCUAGACCUGCUGCAAGAGGCACUGACGGAGGCUGGGCUAACCUCCCAGGACAUCGACUGCAUCGCUUACACCAAAGGUCCUGGUAUGGGGGCCCCGCUGGCUUCUGUAGCUGUUGUGGCCCGCACUGUGGCCCAGCUGUGGAAUAAGCCCUUGCUGGGUGUGAACCACUGCAUAGGCCACAUUGAAAUGGGCCGCCUCGUCACUGGAGCCAUGAACCCAACUGUGUUGUAUGUCAGCGGAGGAAAUACUCAGGUGAUUUCCUACUCAGAACAUCGUUACCGCAUCUUUGGGGAAACUAUUGAUAUUGCUGUGGGAAACUGCCUGGAUCGUUUUGCUCGCGUGCUGAAGAUUUCCAAUGACCCAAGUCCAGGCUACAACAUCGAGCAGAUGGCAAAGCGCGGCAAGAAGCUAGUUGAGCUGCCAUACACUGUGAAGGGGAUGGAUGUCUCAUUCUCGGGGAUUCUGUCUUUCAUUGAGGAUGCAGCGCAGAGAAUGCUGGCCACUGGGGAAUGUACUCCUGAAGACCUGUGUUUCUCCUUACAGGAAACGGUGUUCGCAAUGCUAGUGGAGAUCACGGAGCGAGCCAUGGCACACUGUGGCUCCAAGGAGGCCCUCAUCGUAGGAGGAGUUGGAUGUAACACGAGGCUGCAGGAGAUGAUGGCGGCCAUGUGCCAGGAGCGGGGAGCCCGGCUCUUUGCAACAGAUGAAAGAUUCUGCAUUGACAAUGGAGCCAUGAUAGCCCAAGCAGGUUGGGAGAUGUUUCAGGCUGGACAUAGGACCCCUCUCACAGAGUCUGGAAUCACACAGAGACCUGAGCCCAUACCUCAAGCCCGGGCCUUGCAGGGACCUCAUGUGCUGUGAGCCACCAGCCAGGCUGAGUUCUCAUCUGCCUGUCACACAGCAGACCUAUCAAAUCCCUGGCCUAAGGCAAUCGGGAAACAGCUCCUGGAACUGCUCUCCUGAGUUUUCUGCAUCCUGAUCCAACCCCUAAAGAGCCUACCUUGGAGAGAGGGAAAGCCCACCCUGAGCUGCUGCCUCAUGCAGUUGGGUUGAUACCUAGGUGACCUGACUCAGCAGCAAAGGCCCUUUUGCAACAAACUCAACAACCUGGAUUUGAUCCCUGGGACCCCCAGGUAGAAGAGAGAACAGAUUCCUGCAAGUCGUUCUCCCCUGUGUGGGCUGUGGCAUGUGCACACCCCUUCCCCCUGCAAUAAACGUGAUAA